AUGGCAGAGUCUGGGUUUGACAUAGGGUUCGGCCUCGAAGGUUCGCACGUACUGGUAACCGGAUCUUCGGGGGCCAUUGGAUCAGUGGUGGUCAAAGCAUUCCUUGCCGCAGGCGCAUAUGUGUCGGCAUUUGAUCUUGUCGAGCCUCGACAACCCAUCCAAAACGAGCGGCUCAACUUCUACCAGGUCGACAUCACAGAUGAGUCCAGGGUAGAGCAGGCUAUGGAGUCAGCCAGGACUGUGUUCGGGUCCCUCGUCGACAUGCCACUUAGAGCAUGGCAGAAAGUGCUGAAUGUCAAUGUCGACGGCACAUUCCUGACCUGUCGAGCGUGGCUUCGAGGCAUCAGAAGUCACGCAACACCCGCGGCCAAAAAUAUCUCUGCUAUUCUUUUCGGUAGCGAGGCCGGAACCUUUGGAGUUCCAUUGUGCGCGCCGUACGCCGCUUCGAAGUCGGCGAUUCAACACGGCCUUGUCAAAUCGCUUGCUCGCGACGCCGUCAACAUCAACCCACGUUGUCGUAUCAAUGCCGUCGCGCCAGGUCCUGUAGCCACAGCGCAAUUUCAAAAGGAAUGCGACGAUGAUCCAAAGGCUUUGUGGCGCGAAGCCCAAGCAACCGUUGCAUUACAUCAGCCGGUUCCAAUUGAGGCGGUUGCAAGAGCCUGUCUAUUCCUCGCAAGCGAUAAUUUUUCUGGUAAUAUAACUGGACAAGUGUUGCCGGUUGACUCUGGGAAGAGUGGCGCUCUGCUGUGGCCAGAAGCACCAUAG